AUGUCUGCGUACGAUUGCAAGGAGCUUGUGAAUAUUAUCCUAGAAGCCUAUGGGCUUAUAGCUCAAAGUUCUAGAAACGUCCCUGAAAAAGUGAAUAAGUGGGUAAAGCUUAAUAAUAUAAAUUUAAGACAUUUGAGACUAUUGCUUCAAAGUGCUGCAAGUGCCCCCGAAAAACAAAAGUUCCUAUCAACAAUCGCGUUUCUCAAGGGCUUUAAGGACAAGCUAAAGUGUUUACUGAAACGUGGUGAAGGUGUGCGUGAACGACGAAGUGAUAGAGUAAAAUGGCAGGAUUUAGAGAUAGCAUUCAACAAUCGUAUGAGAUCUGGAGUGAUUACAAACUUGAAACAGUUAGAUAUAGCAGCAUUUAUGAAAGACUCAACUGAAUACGUCAUCACCAUAGCUGACAAAGAAAUUAAGGAGAUAAAAUAUUUCAACACAAAGGCUGAAGCUAUUUUUCAAAAUACCAAUCUCAAGCAGUGGUUUAGUUUGAAUGUUCAGCAGCCUAUCCAGCGAGAUAUGGAAGAAUUCCAGGAACGUGACUCAGGAUGGACACUUCGAGCAAUUCUUAAUCUAUGUGUGCAUAUUAAUAAAUAUAAUGCAUUGAGAGGUAGUUCAUAUGUAGAACUACCAUACACAAUAAAAAGGAAAAAAGCUUGUGUCAACGUGAAGAAUUUCGAUGAUGCCUGUUUCAAAUGGGCUAUUCUUUCAGCAUUACAUCCAGCAAAGAAACAUUCUGAUAGGGUAUCAUCAUAUAAAGCUUAUGAAAACGACCCGAUUUUCAGAGAUCUACAAUACCCUGUGCUGCCAAAACAUAUACCUAAGUUUGAAAAACAAAGUGGUAUUUCGGUUAAUGUUUACACUUUAAAAAAAAAUGGAGGAGCAUUCAAAGUUGUACCAACGCACUUGACAUCAUGUAAAAAAGAAACUCAUAUUAACCUUUUACUGGCACAAAAUUAUUAUGCAGAUGAGAAAGAGGAGGUUGAUGACAAUCUUAUAGUUUAUCAUUACGCUUGGAUUAAGGAUUUGUCCCGCUUAGUAUCCAGACAAUUAUCAAGACAACACGUUAAACUACACAUCUGUAAUCAAUGCUUACAUUAUUUCCGAACUAAAUCACAAUUACAGGCACAUGAACGUGAUUGCUCACUACUAAAUAAAUGUCGAGUAAACUUGCCAAAUACCAAAAAUUCGAUUCUGCAAUUUAAAAAUUUCAAUAACAAAGAAAGAGUACCAUUGGCAGUUUACGCUGAUUUCGAAUGUAUCCUCAAAGAUAUAAAAGUUGGAAAUGCUUAUCAGCAGCAUGAAGCUUUUAGCAUAGGAUAUUAUAUGAAAUGCAGUUACGAUGAUUCACUCUCGUAUUAUCGUAGCUAUAGAGGACCUAAUCCUGCAAAAUGGUUUGUUGACGAGCUUUUACAACUUGCUGAAAACAUUGAAACAGUAUUUUGGUGUCCCAUACCUAUUGAGACAUUGACUUGGGAGCAAGAGCAGUCUUUCCAGCGAGCUACAUCUUGUCAAAUUUGUGAGAAAGUUCUGGAGCUUGAUAGAGUACGUGAUCACUGCCAUCUCACUGGAAGAUAUCGAGGAGCAGCCCAUGAGAAGUGUAACUUGAACUAUCAAGAUUCUCGCUCUGUUCCAGUGAUCUUUCAAAACCUGACUGGAUAUGAUUCACACUUUUUAAUCAGAGAUAUUGCUCAAUGUAUACCUGGUAGAGCAAACCUACUGCCUAUAAAUAAGGAGAAAUUUAUAUCAUUUACGAAACACAUUGAUGGUAGUGAUAUCAAUUUCAAAUUUAUCGACUCUUUUCGAUUUAUGGCAUCGUCACUAGACAAGUUGUCAUCUUACCUCGAAGAUGUGAAUAUCCUCAAGCAAGAGUUUAACAAAGAUAACCAGCUGACUGAAGAGAAAUAUCAAUUGCUAAGGAGAAAAGGCGUUUUCCCUUACGAUUAUGUGAAUUCAUUGGAAAAACUCAACGUUUCCGAGCUACCGCCAAAAGAUGCAUUCUACAAUAAAUUAAACAACUGUCACAUUUCAGAUGAAGAUUAUAAACAUGCACAAAAUAUUUGGAAUAAAUUCAAUAUUUCAAACUUGGGUCAAUAUUUAGACCUCUAUUUGAAAACAGAUGUACUGCUGCUAGCUGAAGUUUUUGAAAAUUUUCGCACCAGCUGUCUGAAAGCAUACGGAUUAGAUCCAGCACACUAUUAUACAACACCAGGCUUAACUUGGGACGCAAUGCUCAAAUAUACAAAUAUUGAACUAGAGCUACUCACUGACAUUGACAAAGUAAUGUUCAUUGAGCGUGGAAUAAGAGGAGGAAUAAGUCAAUGCUGUAACGGCUAA